AUGAUUGGUCACCUCAUUAACACCAUUAAUUUCAUCUCCCUCAUUGGAGUAUUGGCCGUGAAUGUUUUUUUCACAGAGACCUUUCUCUCCAAUUUCGUUCGCUCGUUUGUAGUGGAUCAGAAAGGCCUCCAACUCUUCACUCAGUACAUUCCCUCUGCCUACUAUUCAAAACUCAUUCACAAUACUCUCACUUACUACAUUGGAAAUGCAAAAACUGUGGAAAGCGUGAGCAGAAAAUACGACGUUGCCUUCUAUCCCUUACCUUACACAUUCCACAUCUGGCUUGUGAUUUAUGGAGGACUCUUUCUAUUUAGUUUCCUCUCAGUGAUUAAUUCCAAUCGAGCACAGAGUGAGAAAAUUGGUCGUGUCGUUGGUCCAUGGUUUUUAUUAUCGAAUGUGUUAAAUACGUGUUGGAUCCUUGCAUUUUGCUAUGACAAUAUUUUCCUUGCACAUUUGAUUUUCAUGUCUCUCUGGAUGAAUUUAUUUAUUAUUUAUUCGAGUGCCAUUCGUAUUCGAUAUGGAAAACAUGCUCAUGAAUAUCCUUUAUGGGUUCGUUUACCAUUUACAGUAUACUUGGCAUGGAUCACAAUGGCAUUACUUGCUUCGUGUCUGGUCAUUCUGCAAUAUGAUGUGAUCCAACCUUUCAGUGAUGUCUUUUCCAAGCAAAAAGAUACAUUGUAUAUAUUUCAAAUGGAUGUAUUGAAACAUCCCAUUCUUUCAUUUGCAUCCAUGUGUGGAUAUGUGGCUAAUUUAUUGAAUGAAGAACAAUGGUCUGCAACAAUGGUUACAAUUGCUUCAGUGAUUGCUUUAUGGUUUUCCAAGUUUAAGAGAGAUUUCAUCUUUGUUGGAGUCGUGUUGUGGACUCAAUUUGGAAUUUUCUUGAGACAUUAUUCGAAGGCAUUUGUGACAUUGAGUGGUGGCAUUCCUAGUGUGGUGUCCAAUCAAAAUGUGAGCACAACAGCAGCUGCUGGAUCGGUGUAUAAUGCUUAUUCGCUACUUGUUGUGACCUGCUUGACGAAUAUUGUGUUGAUGACGUUUGAAUUUUUGUUUUCUGUGUGGGAUGUCUUGUCACCUUCUGCCACAGCCACCAUUGAGAGAAUUAUUGAAGAGGAAGCAGAACCAAAAGGAUCCAGGCUGGACAUUGAAUUUACUGGUCCUUCUCAAAAGAAGAAGAAGAGUAAGGUUCUUUAA